AUGCCCGCCUCAUUGACGUCAGACUCCUCCUCAUCGCAAGCUCUUGACGCUCACCCUGCUCAGCCCGAGAAAUUAGGCCUCAAACGCGCUCGUUCCCCAUCCCCACCACAUUCCGCGCCCUACCCCUCAGUCUACCGCCAUGCCCAGAGUGAAGUGACUUUGGAGCCAGGAAUCCAUCAAGCCCUCAACUCUUCCGAGAGCGAGGAUACUAGCGAGUCAGACGAGAACGAGCACACCCCUACAAGUGUAGCGGAACGGAUUCAAGAGGAGGACAAAUCGGAAAACGGAGAAGAUUCAUCAUCUGAAGACGAGAUCAUGACGGCUUUGCAGAUGCACGACCUUCUGAAACGGAAUAAGAUUUUCGUCAAGGACCCUCUGGUUUCCGAAGGCAUUGCAAUACCAGUCAUUACUAAGGCAACAGAGAUUAUGAAUAGAAGGCGUAUCUCGGACUUUACGCCAAUGGCACAUGACGUCCGUACUACUGUUCAGGCAAACCAGGCCGUCAACGAGAAGACAUUCGUGGUGGAGUUGUUCUUAGCCCUGCUCGGCAGGACGCCCACCCGCAAAAUACCAGCGUCUAACGAUCUCACAGAAGCCCAACUGCUUGAAGAACGUAACUGGAUUGAGCAGUCCUGGAGUAAGGAUCAUUUGAAGGCUCUAUGGGACGCCGACUUCCAGCACUAUGCAGUACCUGUAAUAGUGACAGGCGACGCCUUUUGGGAUGCGGUACUCGCACGCUUCCCGAAGGUCAAGGAUCCACGACCAGAUAUCUCCUGGGGCUAUCUGCCUUCAGUUUUCACUGAGAUGCAAAAGGACGUUCUUAGAGUUCUUCAAACGACUAUAACCACGCUAGAGACCUCCAUCGCCUUUUCCUUAGCUGUCAGCCCUCAGCAUGCACACAUUUUCGUGCACUACGUUCUCGAGGAGAGUGCCACGUUCGAAAAUUGGCACAUGUCUUUCCUUCGUGACUACAGCUUCCAUCGCGAGGCCGAAAUCACGCAACUCCAUCAGGACAUUGAUAACAUCUUCGACUGGGGCCUUGGACCCCGCAAAAAGAAGAUCAUCGAAGAGUUGGACGCAAUCAUCGCCAGCAACGUGAGCCUCAACAAACUUGUGCCCCCCAAGCCCAAGAAGCCGAGGGCAGCAGAAAUGAAGGAUGACAGGGAGGCAGAGUGGGCACCACAAGCCUGA